GAAGGAAAUUGAAGGAAGUAAAUAGCGACUUUGUUAAUCUCACUGUAUGAUAUAAAAUAUAGAUUGUACCCGACUUUUUGACGAUUUUUCGUAAAUAUAAACAAAGAUAUGUACCGAACCUCGUUGGUGUAAUGUGAACUCCGUUCUGCAGUGUGAUACGAUGGGGCAAUCGCUAUAAAAUCAUUUGAUUUUGCCCCAAAAUGGACGACGAUAUUAUAGCAGACACGAAGCAGAAGUUCUCGGUAGCAUGGAGAGAGCGUUUGCCAUCGAACGAUUUGCCUUCGCUGGAUUUCCUCAACGACAGCGAUCAAGCAUACCGACAAUUUCGGCACAGCAUAGAGGUUUUAAACGAUUGUCUGGCUACCAUCAAGCUCGAAGUAUUUAUUGUAAAGUUUCUACGUACGCAUAUUUUAUCGGAGAGGAAGUGUUCGAACGAGCUGAAAGUUGGCUUCAACAUUGACGAAGUUUUGAGGGAUUUGGAGUCGAUUUUCUCGGGAAAAACGCGGCCGGACAAAGGAAAGUACGAGGGCAAAAUCGAGAAUGGCACUUUAGAGGAUACUUCGGCAAAAGGCGGCCGUUCAACGGAGGGAAAUAAAGGCAAUAUAAUAGACAAAACAUCGACAACUGAUACAAGUGAAGACAGCGUGAAACGUGAUAAUCACGAUGGACCAAACGAGAAAGUAUCAAAGAAUUCUAUUGGGCAUGACCACGAACCAUCGGGGAACGUUUUAACGAUUUCAGCAACCGAUAAUGAGGUUAACGAUAUCAAGAAAAGCGAAGGUGAAAGCAAUGUGCCUCUUACGAGCGAAGAGCGCCCUUCAACUAAAAGGGAUUCUCAAACAGCGCACAAUGGGAAAGUAACUAUUUUUACACCUAUAUCAAAUGAGCAUGUGAAAAAUAAAACUGGCGAAUCGAAAAGUGAAAGCAGUACUUCCCCGAAUUUAUCGCCAGUCGAAAAGGAAACAUCGGAUCCUUGCAGCUCGCCCGAGAAAGCAAGUUCCAGUAUGGCUCGCGACGGGGAUGCAGCAGAAAUAGGCGAGAGAGAUGACGACGUUAGAUCAAGUGGAAAUGAACUCGACAAUACAGAUACUACAUUCACAGACGAUCCAUUCUCCUCCUGUUCCAAUUCGCCCGACCCCGUUCAUGAAGCAAUGUUCCUACAAGAUGGAGAUCAAAGCUCGGACGAAAUUCUCAAAAUCAUGCCGUAUUCUGCACGUACAACUUUCUACUCUGUCGAUCCUUCGUUGGAAAGCACAAAUUUUGGCAUGGCCGAACACAUCUACGAAGACAUCGAUCGAUACAGAGCUAGAAUUGACGAAGAAUACCCUAGUGAGGCAAGGCGGCAUCUAUCCCAGUCUGAGAUGAUGAUGAAAAAGACUUUCAGCGUUGGAGCACUUCGUAAAGACAAGAUACAAGCAGAUGACGAAGUUUUCGUUAAUCGUCCGAGUCAACCUGCAGGAGAUGCUGAAAAAGUUGACCACAACACAUCACCCCAAACUCUCUCAGUUUCCACUAAUCCUGUGCACAAACGAAGCUCCAGCGAUGCUGGUGUCUCUUACAAUGUUCGACCCAGCAGAGAUCGAAAGGCAGUUAGGAAUAAGAAUAUGGCCUUCCAGAUUAUCGAUCAACAUAGUGUCUCGAUUGCAGAUGGCCGCAAAAAAAAUAUUCAGAGUGUUCUUGAACAAGCUGUUGAUGAUGAACAUAAGCUACACAUGAGAAAGUGGGUUGUGGCUGGCCUUGUUGAUAGCGAGAGAGGUUAUCUUGAAGCACUGGAGAAAUUGACUAAGCCCAUGAAGCCAAUCAAAGCAUCCCUCACAACAUCCUCCCCGCUUUGUACUGUGUUUGAGUUUCACCGAAUUUAUGACAAAGUUGAGGAGUUGUACAAAAUGCAUUCACAAUUCUUGGUUUCCAUGGAAGAGCGAAUUUCAAACUGGAGUUUGAAGCAGAUCAUUGGAGACCUGUUUACAUUAUUGAUGGAUCAAUUCCCAGUUUACGAGGCGUAUAUUCGUAACAACAAGUAUGCCAUGGAAACGAUCGAAAAAUGCAAAAGCAGUGAUACGUUUAAGAGUAUUUUUACACAGGAUAUUACCUUGCUAUCAACACAAGAAAUAACGACUUAUGAAAGUUUGUUCCGGAAACCUCUUGAAAGAAUUGCAAGAUAUAUCUUAGCAAUGGACGAUCUCAUAAAAUAUACCCCAGAGGAACACCCCGACUAUGAAAUGUUGCAAACGUUCAUGAAACAUGCGCAGGAAUUCUUGGAACGGAACUACAGUCAACGACCUGAAGUCGAUGGCAUUGUGAGAGCCAAGCGAACAAGGGUUGAAAGAAAGUUGUUUAAGGAUGCUUUUGUUGUCGAAUUAGUAGAUGGACAGCGAAAGUUCAGGCAUCUAUUCCUGUUCCAAGAUGUGUUCGUAUCAGCGAAGUUGAAAGUGUCGAACAGAGCGGAACAAUAUGCAAUCAAAUGGUGUUGUUCUCUCCACGAUAUUCUCUUUUAUCCAACUGCGAAUUCUGAAUCUGCACAAACCGUACCAGUGACGAGCAAUAUCGACAUCGAUAAUCUCAAAGCAAAGAUCGCUGCCAUUAAAGCUGACAUUCGCUCGGAACAGGGGAUGUGCGAAGGAGUUUCCUCAGAAAAAUUGGAGAAGAAACAAGUUCCUGGUGGAAGACACCUCUCAACAACGUCAACAACGUCUGUUGCGUCAUCACGACCGGGGGUCCACUCGACCAAGAGCAUGGAUCGAUUGAAAAGGAAACUUGCUGAACAGGAAGCUGCCUUAUGGCUGGCGUUACCCAGUCUACCGCUGACUAUUUAUCGCAGAUCUGGCAAGACACACAGGUUCCUUUUCUCAUCAGACGUCGCGCGGGGGGAUUGGAAGAGAGAAAUUUCAACCCAGCAAAAAGGCGCAACGGCAUCGCUGGGUCAAUUAAGCCCUCUCGAGAUCCAAGAACUUGCGGAGACAUGUCUUGAGAAGCGAACUAUUCGGAGUCUGGGCAGUGUUAACUUGAAAGACGACGAUAAUGUCUUUACUGGCGUGCUUUAUGUUGUGGUCAAUUCGGGGAAAGGUUUCUUUAAACAAAAUGACUGUUACGUGGUUCUCGAAGUUGAUUAUUACGGCCAUUACGUAAGAAAAGCAAGAACGAAAAUUUGCAAGGCCUCCCAAGAUCCUUUGUGGGAAGAGGGAUUUCACAUCGAAGUGGAAGGAACCCAGUUCAUCAGAGUUCUGUGUUACAAUCGAGCCAGAAUGAAGGGAGACGAACUGUGUGGUCAGGGUACUAUCAAGCUGCAAAAAGGCGACUUAGAGAAUAGUCAUUACCACGACUACACUGUCAUCUUAGAUAAACAGGGAUGCAUAAUGGUCUCAAUCCAGUACUCAACAACACUGGAAGGUAUCCACCACAGACGUUCUGUAUCAUCGAGUGGUGUCUUUGGCGUCAGUUUGGACGCCGUCGUAAAGCGGGAAAAAAGCGAAAUUCCUCUGGUGGUAAUAGCUUGUUGCAACGAGAUAGAGAGACGAGGCAUCGACGAGUUGGGAAUAUAUCGUGUCUCGGGAGUCUCUUCGGAUGUUCGAAGACUAAAGGAGAAAUUUGACGAAAACAGUCAAGAGGCUUUGGUAUAUAUCUCUGAAGCGGAUAUUCACGCGGUAGCCGGGACGUUGAAACAAUAUUUCCGAGAACUGCCUGAUCCUUUGUUUACGGCAAAUCUUUAUCACAAGUUUACGGAGUCAUUAGGGAUGACUGACGAACAAGAGAAAGAGAAGCAUUUAUUGGAUCUACUGGAUCAACUACCACCAGCAAGGAAGUCCACCACCCUGUUUUUAAUCGAGCAUUUACGAAGGGUGAGCCAAAGCGAGGCUAGCAACAAAAUGUCCCUUGGUAAUCUCGCCACAAUAUUCGGGCCGAAUCUCUUACGGCCACCUCCGAAGGAGAAGACUGACGAGACGUCGAGCACUUCCGAGAGCAUUGCCAUGGAGAUGGCCUCUGGAACGUUCAACGUGAUGUCGCAAACGUCGAUUUUCUACUGGUACUUGAGGUCGAAAAGUAGUAAAGUGAAUUUGCCUGCAACACCCGAAAUUACCCGCAGACUCUUCCCGAGCAAAAAGGAGGUCGUAAUUGCUCGGCUGUCAUCUCAGUCCGAAGAUAAAUUAAUUUAAAAAAUAUAGUUUUUGAACAUAUUCAUAUGAGAUAUAGGCAUUUCAUGCAUUCGCGAGCCCUUGGGAAAAAAAGGAUAUUUUAUAGCAUAGUUAGAAAUUUACAAGAGUAACAAUAUACAAGAAAGGCUUAGCAACUUGAAAUAGAUUUUAAGACUUUUUCAUAAAGAACCAGAUCACGAAUGCUAAUUAAUUGAUUUGUACAGCUUUGUAGACAAAAUUCAAUUAGCAAUCGAGUUAAAUUUG